GUACCGAACAAGUUUCAGACCUCGGUACACAGUUGCGUAUAAGACAGUAACAGAGUUGGAAUGGAGAUGUUGUCCUGGGUACAAAGGGGAAGACUGCAGAGAAGGCCCAGCAGAAAAGCCGAACACUGCUCGUCGUCCCACGACACCAGCAAAACCUGUUGUGAAGAAAGGCUUGGAUGCAGAACCAACAGAAGUGCCAGAACCUCCGCCAUAUGAGAAGAAAAUGCAAUUUCUUGAGGACGAAUUGUUUAGACUUACACGAGCAGUGCUUGAACUUCAGUCCUCCGUGGCAGGUGUGAAUGAAAACCUAAAGUUGACUGUCCAAGAAGAUGCGAGUAAGAUGUUGGUCACUUGGCUGAACAACCUGUAUGACCGCCCAGAGCCUGAUAGCGCAGUUGGUGGGGAAACAGACACUAUUCAUCUGCCUGGACUCCUCAGCAAUAAAGAUCAUAAAGAUCCUUUUAUUGAUUUUGAAAUGGAAGAUCUAAAGUCUGAGCUGGCUGAGGUCAAAGAAGCCUUGAAGAUGAGGAACGACAAGCUGGAGGAACUGAAUGGAAAAGUAAAAGGCUAUGAAGGACAACUAAAACGACUUCAGGAAGCAGCACAGGGACCUACAAUAACAAUGCCCAGUGACAAUAUAUAUCGGGAGUAUAUUGACUCGAAAUUUGAGUCUCUCAGGCAGGAAAUACUGGAAGGAUUUGAAAAGAAAAUGGCAGAUCUGAAGAACACCUGUGAAUACAAACUGCAGGAUAUCCAGCAGCAGUGUGGUGACAAUGAAAAUAACUGUUUAGGAAUAAUUGAUGUUAUAAAAGGAAAAGAGAAUGACUUGAGGAAAGAAAUAAAUACUCUCCGAACUCAGAUUCCAUCAAACAAGUCCAGUUGUUGCAAGGAAGGUGAGAGAAAUGGCUUUGACCAGCAGAUGAAAGAUCUAGAACAGAAGAUCGACAGAGUUGCGGAGGCGCACAGGAUCUUGAAUGUCAGAAUAGAUAAUGAAGUCAGUCGACUGUCAACCCCAGAUCUAGAAGACAUGCUUGGCGAGAGGUUGGAGGAGCUCGAUGCGAGGAUGAAUGUUACGGAACGAAAUGCUGAAGAACAUUGCUUUUACGUGGAGGAAACUCUCCGCGGUGCUAUAGCUGCUGAGGUAGAUGAAUUGAGAGACUUGUUUGACCAAAAGCUGCGGGCCCUGGAAGAUAGGCUGGGUGGCACGAUUUUAGAGAUCGCUAAUGCCACAGACCCAGAUGGCAUGUACAUUAAUCCCGGGCCCAUCUUUCCCAGUGAUGCAGGAUUUGCAAAUGAGCAAUUUACAACAGAGAUGAAUUUCCUGAAGAAUAAACUGUUGUCGCUUGAACACCUCUGUGGGCAGAAAUGUCAGUUGGCACCGCAAGGUAGGGAGGACCUUCAGAAAGAGCUAGAAAAUUGUGACAACAAAUACAAUCACUUGCUUUUGAAAACCGAGAAUAACUCUGUUCUCCUGCAGUCUCUAAAUAGCUCUCUUAACGAGAAAGCCAACUUAAUUAAGGGUAACCAACGUGACAUCCAGAAAAUGCAGAGAGAUGUACGUGUAUUCCGCUAUAGUCUAAAUGUCAUGGAUAAAGAUAUGAAAAAUCUUCAAGAUGGCUUGAGUAGCUGCAAGGAGCAGCUUCUGGGUGUCAAUUCUACCUGUAGAAAAACACAACGUGGUGUCUUCCGAAAAAUCGAUCAAAUGCAGAGGACAUUUGCAAAUCAGACCGCUCAUCCCAGUGAUAAUUGCUGUGGUGAGGUGAAAGAGAGACUAGAACAGUUGAACGACCAUGUCCUGAAUGAUCUUAGCAAGUGCAAAGAAAAGACCCAAGGUAUCCAGGAGGGUGUUUCAGAUGUCGAGGGCAGAGUCUCGCACGUGGAAAAAGUUUGCGGCAAGCUGGACUCAGUCUCAGGUAGCUUGCAGAAGAUAAAAGAAGGUCUGAAUAAACACGUGAGCAGCUUAUGGAACUGCAUCCGGGAAAUGAACGGAACUAUAGCAUCGCAUUCCACUGAUAUUUCUGGCCUUAAAAAUUCUGUCCAGCAGUUUUAUAGUCAGGUUUCUAAAAUCACCACGGACAUUGAAGGCGUGCUGAAAUCUCAGUCUGACACCA